AUGGCUUCCGAACAAGUCCAAUACGAUGCCGAUGAUGAAAUCUCGUGCUUCUUCAAGAAGACCUCAGUCGACCAAGCCGAAUGCGACCGACUAGCCAAGGACUUUGUCGGGGGCGAUAUCACCCCCGUAUUCCGACUUCGUUCCCUGGCCCUUGAAAGCAAGACCAGUGAACUGGCGCGGGAUGUAUAUGGCAAUCUCGCCCCAGAGGUGUCCUUCAAGCAACAGCUUGGCGAGGCAGUGGAUGGUAAGGAGCCGCUGUUGGUCUAUGUUAUGACCCGCUUGAAGGGCAUGAGUCAUUUGGACUUCAUAUUGGAAGACGGCUUCCCUAAGAAUUCGCCUGAGAACUUUGCGCGGCGUCAGACGCUGAUGAAAGACGUAGCACGAUUUAUCGCUCUGGCGUGGAAAUCUCCUCAGCCAAUAGAUCCGACCCAGCGUAACGAACUGCAUGAUACCUAUCAGAAGGAACUUCAGCAGCUACUAGGCGCCUUGCCGCCGCGGUUUCGCAACGUCGUUCAGCACAGCUUGGAUAUGUUGCCAGAGAUCUUCCGACCUCCCAUGGUUCUCCUUCACAAAGACUUCGGAGACUGCAACAUCUUCGUGGACGAAGCUUGCCACCUGGUCGGUGUGGUCGACUGGGCCGAAGCAGAAGUCGGCCCAUUUGGGACGAACCUGCACUCUCUCCAGGGGUUGAUGAGCAACCUGCAUCUUUCCAAAGGGUGGAUCCGUUAUGAAGACUACGAUGCACUGGUGGCUACGUUUUGGGAAACUUUCAGCACCGAGGUGGGUGGGCUUGAUGCAGGAGACCUCUGGGUAAUUCAGGCCGCAAGUGUGGUAGGUCUGCUCAGAUCUCGCGGCUUUACUAGCCGUCUGGCGAAUAUGCCGGAGCCACAGCCGAUUAAUGAUGAUGCUUCGGGACGUUACAACAUGAUGAUUUUAGAUGGUCUGCUGUUGAACCGGGCCACUAGAUUCGAGGGACUCGGGCUCUUCGAAGCUGAUCCCAGCGUGUAG